AUGCCCAUCUCGAAGUUCUCUGUGGACAUUGUCAAGGGUUGGACGCGGGCCACGUGCGUAGUGUUCAUCAUGCUGGCAGUGACGGAGCUGGACCCUAGCGAGGAGUCGACGAAGGCCUUGGUCAAGCCCUUGGAGCGGGUUUUGGACAAAGCUUGGCUGUUGCCCAUGCACGUGGCUAUCGGUAUGAACAAGGAUCAACAAUCCUUCAGGAACAUGUCCCUCUCCUUCCGUGGCGCUGAGCGUCAAGCCCCAUCAGUUCUUCAAAUGGCCCUUCGCUUCUCGCAGAUCAUGGACAGACAAGGCAGCGCUACAUCUGGCAAUACUGAAACUCGGUUGAAGAAGGUCAUCAAGCAGUUCAACAGCAGUGAGGGUCUUCACGUUCGUCAUCAGAUUGAUGCAGACAAAGAACGAUCCAUUCUGAAUCUGAUUAUUGGAACAUGCAAGGAGACACGAGACAUCAUGUCUCAGCAUCUUGCCUUUGUCAAAUGGCGUGAAAGCGCCCUGAGCACGGACCUGUUGAAGGGUUCGCGAUGGUUGUUGGGCGCGCGCCCCAAGGGAUUGCCGGAGUGUCUGCAGGACGCGCUCACGGUCACGGCGGAAUCCCAGUCAAUGCUGAUGCAGCUCCAUGUGAAGCGCUUCCUACAGGCCACUCGGAGGACGAAGCCUUCUCAACGCGCCCGGGCGCGUGCUUCUCCCGAGGAGUUCGACAAGAUGGUGGACUAUAGUUGCAUGUUUGCAUACCUGAGGGAGAGCGCCAAGAAGGCAACAUCCGAUUCCAAGGUCGAUGGCAAGCUGAUGGAAGCUUUUUUGGCCAGGGACUAUUUUCAGGACGUGGAGGCCGUGGUGGCUUCGAAGAACCCCUCCUUUCAGCUCAAGUCGCUCAUCGUUUGGACAGAUUUGGUGGAACCUCCAACUCUACCCUCUUGCCUGCAGGGAGAAGAAUCCACUGACCUCCUGGCAGCCCAGGAGCAAGCAGCCGCUUCGAAAUUCAGUGAGAUCAAGGUCAAGCUCGCAUCUGACUGCAAGGCGAUGAACACGUUCAACGCCGAGAAGACGCAGGUUGCUGGGAAGCAACACGUUGCGAAGGUCUUGCACCAGAAGGCUCAGAAUGAGGCCGGCGCCAAGGUGGUUGAAGAGUUCAUGCAGAACCGUUGCUGGAUGGGGCUGGUGCCCGAGUGGGCAAUGCCAGCGGAAGUGGACACCAUGCUCCGGGCGACUGGUGCUCGCAAUCAGGUUACCAUGGAGAAGGUCCAUGUGGUUGGCUGGGUCGACUUGACCAAGAUUGGCAUCAUCACCCAAAAGGAUGUGACCAAGGUUGGCCAAUGGUGUGAGAAGCUCAUUGCAAAGAAUCCGCAAAGUACCUGUAUUGUGAUGGCCCUUCCGCUUUUGGCAUCAGCCCUUGGAUGUGGAGCGCUUCGCACUGAUGUUCGGAGGCUGGAGGACAAGCUGAAUGAUCACAAGAUCGAGUUUCGCCAGUUCUUUAUGCCCUUGGACAUCUCUGGAUUGCAUCACAACCGCUCCAUGCCGGGAGGAUUUGUCUUCUACCUGUGCGUUGCUGACAUGUGCCUACCAAGCCAGGGCACCGCGCACAGAGCCAACAGGGGAGUUGGCAAGGUGGACAAGUCUGAUGUCAAUGUCUUUUGCUUCUCAAAGCUGUGGCAGAACCAAAUGGUGUCUUCCAGCGUUUGUGCUCUCGAGGAGAGUCACUUUGUGAUUCCAGGCCAGGGCAUUGUGUCCUCCAGUGCAGAAGGCCGCAGGAACUACACCGAUGCUCAAGAAACGGCACAAUGGCUUGGUGGUGAUUCUGUGCCUGAGCACAUCCUUGCCGAUUUGCUUACAGGUGCCAACGGUGAGAUUCAGCCCGUGAUGGUGGUGAACGCCACCAUGUAUGACGGAUGCUUGGAAAAGACCUGCGUGAAGCAUGCUAUUCCAUGUGUCUCGCAAACGGAGAAGCAGCACCCGUUCACGAUGGCCUUGAAGAUCACCAAGAGCUAUCUCCUAGAGCUUUGGAAAAAGCAUGAGGGUGUGAUGGAAAACGCUUUGCCUCGCUUCAUUGCUGAGCCCAACCCGGAAACGUUGCCAUCUGACCCGAAGGAACCGAACUUGUUGCUCUGCUCUUUGGUGGACGGCGCUUUGUGUCUUCCUCGCAAUAUCAGGGCCGAGUUCCUCACAGAUCCAAUCCGAAGCCCCGAGUGGCGCAAGAUGCUCCAGGAGUUCGACAGGUGCUUUGGCACAGCAGCAGGGAACGCUGCAGAGCCCGAGGCCGAAACUGGGGGUGGCGACAGUGCUGAUGCCGGUCCUCAGGGCGCUCCCUUUGACUGGGCAGGCGCCUUUGUUGAUGAGCCUCAGGAGACGGAGAAGUGGCACGCCAAGUAUGAUGCUUUGGUCCAUGGCAAGUUCACGUGGUGCCCAGAGUUGACCGCGUACAUUGUCAAGGAGUCGGAGGAUUCAUCUGCGGAUGCUGAGGCGCCCAAGAAGUUCAAGCUUUUCAUUGAAGCGAAUGAGCCUUACACGUUGAAUACAACGGAUCCAUUCUUGACAUAUGGGGCGGGUGUAUGGUUGUUGGACAACAAGGCUGAGACCUUCAUCUCUGAAAACUCAGAGCAUGGUCACAAAGGCGUUGUCUGCAGCUUCAGCUCUGACUUGGAUCCAGUUGUGCUCGAGGAGAACGGUCAUGAUAGCGAUCUGAAGUCACUUCGAAGUGUCCUUCAGCAGUGCGAAGCGACCGGGAUGGUCGAUUUUGAGCUUGGCGGCCAUACGUUUUCGAGGCCGGCAGCAGUGGUCCAAGGGUUGUCUGCUGACAAGUUUGAUGUUUCCAUCAAGGCAGGUAGCAGCAUGGUCUGGAGGCCCAACAACCUCCAGGUCUCAGGCUUGCGGGCGACCAAUGCUGCAAGCUUCUUCUUGUCAAGCUGCUUGGAUUCUUCGCCAGCGUUGAAGAAGGUUUGGCGAGUGCGGGCGUACAGGCCUCAAAAGACGCUGGGCCCGGCCAAGCCAAUGUGGUUCCUUCGCCACACCUUGGACAUGGCAAAGGGUACUGUGCAAAGGGUGGUGUGA